AUGAAGACGGACAUUACGGAUAGCAGCAUUCCCCUCCGACCUCCGUUUGACUGCCCGGCGUUCGCCAUCCUCCUACCUUUGUUGGUGAAGCUGUCAAAUUCUGUUAGCAAAUAUUUUCAUCUGACUCCGAAGUUCAAACUUCAGUUCACUGUCUCCAGAACGGAGCGGUCAGGCACUCGGGGACGCAAGGUUGGCCCUCAUGGGUGGCCCAUGACUAGUGAGCGCGAUGGAGAGUCUUCAGAGGGCACCGAGUGGUCUAGCCACCACCCUGGAGAGAUUGGGGGCCAGGAACGUGGAUGGGAUGGCCAUUAUCAUUCAGGUGACUGUUUCCAGUCUUGUCGAUGGAGGCUUUGUAAUCUCUACAGCUUAAUACAACCGAAGAACACAAACUCGGGUUUUCGGUACCGGAUCGGCCUUUUCCCCUCAUCUAACCCCACGAAGACGCCUUCUGGUGUCGUGAGAAAACAACGUCUCAUCCAACCGCGCUGCUGCAUAUGCACGCUCACCUCCAAGUCGCCGACUGUCAAUACAUACGCCCCGCCAAGAUCCUCAAGCCGACUUGGAGAUGCCGAAUUGAGUCACCGUCGCCCUGAACACCUUGAUACCACCAAUUUUCCUCUUCUGCAUGAGGCUGUAUCGCUCUCCAAUCCGCAUCAGUACUUUGACGACCCCUCUCAGCCGGUCAACCUCGUGGUUACGCAACUCAAGAUCGCCGUCUUGGACGACUACCAGGGCCUCUCGGAACCCCACUUCAGCAAGCUGGAUAAAUCGUUGUUCAAUGUCACCACUUUCAAGGACACCCUGCUGCCCUACAAUCACCCCGAGACCCCUGAAUACGCCAAGGAUGCAUUGGUCUCGAGGCUGGAGCCUUUCGAUGUUCUCUGUACCAUGAGAGAACGCACUCCGUUUCCCAAGGAACUCAUUGGAAGAUUGCCAAACCUCAAGCUUCUUCUCUCCACGGGCCUGCGUAACAAGGGUCUCGACCUCCCAGCCUUCAAAGAUCGCGGCAUCCCCGUCGCUGGCACUGUUGACAAGGCGACAGUCAAUCAGACCGGCACGAAUAGCACAACUCAGCACUGCGUGACCCUGAUCCUCUCGUUGGCACGGAACAUCGCCGCUGAUGACCUCGCUGUCAAAUCUGGCUUGUGGCAGACGGACGUUGCCAUGGGCGUGACAGGCAAGACAUUUGGUGUCGUUGGACUGGGCCGUCUCGGCGUCUCGACGGCAAAGAUCAUGCAUGUAGCAUUUGGGAUGAACGUCAUUGCAUGGAGCACGAAUUUGACACAAGAAGCUGCAGAUGAGAAGGCCAAGGCUGAGGGCUUGCCGGUGGGCACUUUCAAGGCUGUCAGCCGGGAAGAGCUGUUCAGCACUGCUGACGUUCUCAGCGUUCACAUUGUACUGUCAGACCGAUCGAGGGGACUCAUCAAUGCGGAUGACCUCUCCAUGAUGAAGAAGUCGGCGUUGUUUAUCAACACCUCUCGCGGCCCCCUUGUAGUCGAGAAGGAUCUUCUAGACGUCUUGAAGAAGGGCGGCAUCAGGGGCUGUGCCUUGGACGUGUUCAAUCUCGAGCCGUUGCCUGUGGACAGUGAGUGGCGGUCGACUGAAUGGGGCCGUGAUGGUCGCAGUAGGGUGCUCCUGACACCUCACAUGGGUUAUGUCGAAGAGGGUACCUUAAACGCGUGGUAUGAGCAGCAGGCGGAUUACAUCCGGAGGUGGCAGGCAGGCGAUGCUCUUGAUAACAGCUACAAUUCUUGUCAAGUGAGAAAUGAGGAGGAUCAGUUGUCUUUUCGAAUGUACUUCAGUAGUUCCCCAGGCCUAUGGGAUAAUGGAGAUGACGUUGAGUUAAUCUCAGCCACUCGGUCCACGCUGUUUAGCGUUGAUCGCCUUGCCAACUGCAUUACCUGUCAGCUCACUACACGUACUUCAGGCGCCAACUUUUCCAGACAAAACACGAGGGAAGCCGAACAUACUUUGAGCCGUUGGGGUCAUCGGCAGCUCAACAAUAGAGGCGCCGUCCACUAUCUCAAGCGUCAUCAAGAAUUCAAGGGUGGCUUCUGUUUGUGCCCAGAAAGCCCCCAAUGGAACCUGGGGCAAAUGUCAAUGCAGCCUGAAUCAUUCACAUGGCUUCAGAACUUUCGAAGAAUCCCCUGUGGCUUCGACGCUCGUGCGAUAAUGUCCUCGAACAACUCAGACCAGCCCCUGGAGAAGACGGUGACGAAUCCCGAGGCCUCUGACAGGUCAUCCAAUGAUCGACGCUCGUCGGAGAAUUUUCGUAUUCGAUACGACGAACUGGUUAAAGGCUUACAUAGCACGCCCACAGCAUGGGAGUCGCGCCGACUUCUGAGCAAUGUCUCCGGCUUCAGCACCGCGACAGAAAAAAUUGAAACAUCUGCCGUGGCUAUGGCAGGCGAAGGCAUCGACAUUUGCUUGGGUUCCUCCUCAACGACCACCCGGUCCGGAGGCUGUUGCUGCGGGUCACGCAAAGUCAAGUGCGAUGAGAUUCACCCCCAGUGCACCAACUGCGUGAGAUUCUCAAUGAAAUGCGACUAUCUAUCUGCAUCCACAGAGGAGCAGACUUCCACGUCCCUAGGGGACGACGAGCGUCAAGGGAAACGAAUUCGACAAAACGAAGAAAGGAAGCCCGCCACAGACAUACCUACUCCGACGGCCUCUGAUAUGGAAUCAGACUAUGGCCAGACACCCUCUAGUCACAUCGAUUCCCUUUUGCGUAAUGCCUGUAUUCUCGAUAUCCAGAGCCUCGAACUCCUACACCACUACAUGUGUCACACGUCGAUAACCCUAGGAGACCCCCAAAUCUUUAGGGAUGUGAUUCCACCACUCGGCUUCAAGUACGAAUGCGUUAUGCGAAUGGUCCUAUCAAUUACCGCCCGACACCUCACCCGACUACGACCCGAUCAAGCGGGUUACUAUCAUCGUCUGGCAGAAGACUAUGCAGCGGCGGCAUUUCCAGAAGUGACGGCCAUGCUCGCCCAGGUCAAUGACGACAAUUCGCAGGCCCUCUACUACGCUACAGUCCUAAUAAGUCUGUCAUCUUUUGCUACAGACCCAUCACCAGGGAAUAUUCUACUUGUCGCCGCCGAGGAGGACGAAGUAUCAUGGUGGGCGUUGAUGAGGGGAGUGAAGAUCGUGAUCAGCACGACAGGACUUAAAAAUAUCAGAAAGCAAUCAACGGCCGCUCUGCUUUGUGGUAGUUCUACAUGGAAUGAACCACAAACUUCAGCUCUUAGCGUAACAUCGCUUGCACUGCAGUGGGAAAAGCCUCUGGCUGAGAUCGAAGAGCUUGUGGGCGAGGUGUAUGCCGCCGAAGACAGCAUUCAUCGGCCUGCUUUUACCCACUUGAAGGAAUGUUACAGGAAGCUAUUCACUGCAUCUGAUGAGCAAAAAUUCGACAACGGGCAGAUGCCUUCUAUCAUUUACGGCUGGCUAUAUGAGCUGACUGAAGACUUCGUAUUGUCUAUACAGAGAAGAGACCCUGUACCCCUGGUUCUGCUUGGGUACUAUGCUGUUCUGCUACAGCAAUUGGAACAUCACUGGUUCAUGGAGGGCUGGUCACUUCAGGUCAUGAAUGGCGUUUACGCGCUCGUUGAGAAUGGUCACCGGCAUUUUCUUACCUGGCCAUUGGAACAGGUUGGGUCCAUCUGGUCAGGAUUAUGA